ACAUUUUGGUGAGUGUUGUCAUUCGUGAAGUUUUCUUCCUCCUCUUUCCAUGUUUUGAGUGUUUUCUACGCAAACCAUUUAUUGUUCCCUCCUUCUGACAUAACCACCACCACACAUCUUAUCCACAUGCCUUCAUUUCCACGAAGCAAAAUCAUUUAACAAUCACACAACAAAAAUUCUGGUUUUUGAGUACAUUCAAGAACCAAGACUCAAACACUCAUUUUGUUUCUUGAAAGAAAAUAACCGUAAAAAUAACUCAUUUUUGUUGCAAGUUUCUUUCUUUCUUUUUGCUUUGUUGAUGAUAAUGGAGAAAAAACCGUCCAAGGGAAGAAGCUUCCUCAGCUUCUUUGACUGGAAUGGAAAAUCUCAAAAGAAGCUCUUUGUAGAUGUUGCAAACCAAGCAAAGGAAAACAUUCAAAUCAUGCCAAUGUCACAGAUAAAGAUGGAUGAAAAUGUAGAAAGUCCUAGUAGUAUUGCAUGUAGUGAUUUUAGCUUUGCCUUAUCAAUUACUAGUAGUGAUGAUUCUGAAGAAUGUGAAACCAGUAGUAGUAACUCCCCAGGGCUAGUAGCUAGACUCAUGGGUUUGGAUUCAUUGCCUCCAGUUUCAACUCUCUCUCAUGAGACUGCUCUUCAUUCAUUGAAUGACUUUUGUCAUGUAGAUUCCAUAAACAUGGCACUUAAGUCAAACAGAAUGUCUUUGGUUGGACCUUUAUCUCCCUCCUUGAGAGCUCCUGAACUGCGAGAGAAGUCGGAAGCGGCGCAGCGCGAAUCCGGGUUUAAUGUGAAUGAAAAACCUACUGAGAGGAGAAGAAACUUAUAUAAGGGUGCUUCAACCUUUAAAGACUCGAGAGAUUCAGGAAAUAGUAGUUCCCCACAUGGUAAAGGAAAAUCUGUUUCACUUGCAACACCAUCUAAAACCAAUGUGAUAAGUAAGGAUACAUUGAAUUUGAAUGGAAAUAGGAGAUGCAUGAAGCAGAAAGAGAUAAAACCAAACCAAAAAAACUGUAUUGGUCGAAACAGCGAUGUUCUUAGGCCGAAUGGUUUAACCAGCAAAGGUAAAUCAACUAGAAAAGUUCAUGACAAUAAGCCGACACAAACCCGUUCUUCAGAAAAUUUGACCGGAGCUAGAAAGACAACAAACAAAUGUGCUGUUACUUCCAUCAUUGAAUCCAAAAGGUCGAGUACGAGAGUAGCUGAUAAGCAAAAGGAGUUUUCAGUAUCCAAAAGAAAGAGUUCUUCUUCCCCAAAGAGGUGUGAUCGGAAUGGCGCACGAGGUUUUGAUAAUGCAGUUAAAUCUUAUGAAAGCAAGUCCAUAAAAUGUAAUGUUACAACUGAUGAAAGCAUUUACAACUAUUCAUUUAGCAUGAAAGAAAGCAGGGAUGUCAUUUCUUUUACAUUUACUUCUCCAUUGAGGAGACACAUGCCUGAGUCGCGAUCCACUACCGAGCAAGCAGUGGAAACAAGGACUGAUAUUGAUGUCGAUGCAUUAAGUGUCAUGUUAUCACAUAUUAACCCACCUCAAUGCACCUUGGAAGUAGAAGAUUGUUCCAUUGGUUUUAAAUCUAUUUCGGAGGACAGAUUUAACAGCAUGAUAUCAGAACCAAUAGAAGAUAGAACAGUUUAUUCUUCCAUGCAAGAAGGAGAAGUAUCUAGCUCUCAAACAAAUGAAUUUAUAUCACCAGAAUACAAGGUGAAUUGGUCUGAGCAAAGCUCUACAAGAUCAGAAAGGAUGAAGGAACUUGAAUAUGUAAAGGAUAUACUCAGCAGUGCAGAAUCGAUGGCAGAAGAAUUAGCGUUGGAUGAAACCGAAAAUAUGAUAAUGCCAACUCUCUUCGAUACGUUGGAGAAUCAGAGAACUGAGGUAGAAAGCUAUGAAGAGUACUCUAAGCUUCAAAGGAAAGCUAUAUUUGACUGUGUAAGUGAGUGUUUAGGAUUAAAAUGUAGGCAAGUUUUUGUUGCAAAGUGCAAAACAUGGCCUAGAUGGGUAACAUUUAUGAGGAAAAGGUGGUUAACAGAAGAAGUGUACAAGGAAAUAUUGGAAUUUAGAAGCAUGGAAGAAGAGGUAGUUGUGGAUGAGAUUUUCAGAAAGGACAUGUGCACCCCAUUGGGUAGAUGGCUUGACUUUGACAUUGAAGCCUUUGAAAAUGGCUUAGAAAUUGAGCUUGACAUAGUAAACUUUAUAAUAGAUGAAUUGGUAUCUGAUUUGUGGCUUGUAUAAACCUUUGGUAUCAGCCAUUAGGUUCUUGGCCUUUUCAGAUUUUUUUUUUCUGUUUCUCUUCCACCCAAUCAAUGAAAGAAACAUUGUUAACGAACCUCA